ACCUUCCAUGGAUAGGGAUGCCACUGUGCGGCAUCACUCCUUGAUCAUUACCAAGGAAUGUUUUCGCGCGAUCCAGGCCAGUGUUAACGAGAGACAUCGAGGCGUGAAAGUUAUCGUUGACCAAAUAGCGGCGGUAGUCCCACAUAUCUGUCGUUGGAUUAUAUAUUUCUACUCGUCAUAUUUCCUGAACGCCACCGCCGAUACCGUGUUGCCCUCAGAGACCGUGGAUUUGCGGGACCAGUUCAAAGAUAGCCUUUUGUCACUCCUCGACAGCUUUUCUGUUGACUUUGUAUCUGUGAUGCGUACCUCCGGGCUUUAUCAAAUGUAUGACACGCGUCUGGAUUUACUUCGACUCGACUGUCGAUUAUGCAACGGCCACGUCUUGCUGGAAAGUUAUGGAUGUGUUGGUCUGCUGUCAAUCGGAAGAAAUCCACUUGGAAGUUAUGGUCGCAUUGGAAGAGUCUCAAUGUCGUGGCAUAUAAUUGUAUGCGGCGAAUUAUCGUCGACAUCCAAAUUCCUAUAGUCCGGGCUAUCACAUUGAGGCGUCACAUCAGCAUCAUGGCGCUAUGUACUUUAUCUAGCGAUGCUCUUCGUCGGUCUUUCCUUAGGGCCAAGUCGGUGAAAUGGUGUUCAUGUCACGUCAAGGCGAAGGCAUGUGGAUAUAGAUGAACUGCAA